AUGGGCAUCGUCAGGGUGCGGCUGGUUGAAAGCAUCCCCGAGGGUCUCUACCCGUACUCCCCCCCGUCCAGGCGGAGCAUCGCAGACAGCUGGCUGCACCUGCUGGACAAAGCUAACAGCUCGGUCGAUAUCGCUGCGUUCUACUUCAGCCUGCGAGGCAGCGAGGUUCCAGACGCCACUGACACUAAGGGGAGAAUGGUGUUUGAGAAACUGAAACAACUUGAAUCCAAAGGUGUGAAGCUUCAGAUGGCCGUCAACGCCCCACAGACCUCCACUGAGGAUACGGCAGAGUUAGCUGCUACAGGCGCAGAAGUGAGAGAGGUGGACCUGAAGGCUGUGACCGGAGGCAUCGUCCACACCAAGCUGCUGGUGGUGGAUCAGAAGCAUUUCUACCUGGGCAGCGCCAACAUGGACUGGCGCUCUCUGAGUCAGGUGAAGGAGGUGGGGCUUUGGGUGGAGGACUGCAGCUGCCUGGCUCAGGACGCCUUCAGGAUCUUCGGGGUGUACCGGAGCAUCGGAGGGUUGAACAACGGCUCCCUGCCGCCCUACUGGCCCGCUCGUUUCUCCGCCCUGUCCAGCUCCCAGAACCCCCUGCACCUCAUGUUCAAUGGCGUGCCGGCUCAGGUCUACCUGUCUAGCGCCCCCCCGCAGAUCUCAGCGCGCGGCCGCUCAGACGAUCUCUCCACCAUCCUGUCCGUCAUCGAGGACGCCCACACAUUCAUUCACAUCUCCGUCAUGGACUACCUUCCUCUGUCCCAGUUCUCAGAGCCACUCAGGUUCUGGCCGGCCAUCGACUCAGCGCUGCGCUCGGCGGCGUGCACCAGAGGCGUGCAGGUCCACCUACUGGUCAGCUGCUGGAAGCACUCCCCCUCCGCCAUGUUCCCCUUCCUGCAGUCCCUGCUGCUGCUCAACAGGCCCCCACUCCAAUGCAACGUUGACGUGAAAAUCUUCACAGUGCCUUCUACAGCGAAGCAGAUGGAGAUCCCCUUCGCCCGAGUCAAUCACGCCAAGUACAUGGUUACUGACAGAGUGGUGUAUAUAGGCACCUCUAACUGGUCGGAGGACUACUUCACGCAGACGGCAGGGGUCGGCCUGGUGGUGAACCAGACGGGCUCCGAGGUGAAGGAGGGGCAGGAGACGCUGCAGGCGCAGGCGGAGGAGCUGUUCCUCAGAGACUGGCUGUCAGACUACGCCCGUCCUCUCUAUGUGGACGACCUGGACGUCUGCCGGCACUGACGCUGUGUCCUCUAAUAAAGCACAUUGCAUCUCGCCUGCUCCUGCUGCUUGAACUUUAUGAAGAAUCCUCUUGCUGUACCGCGGGAAUGAACUCUUAUUUUAUUUCGCAACUUGCUGCCUAAUUUUUGUAUAUAGUUGCAUUUUUUUAUAUUUGAAGACGUGUUAUUUUGUAUAUCGCUCUGAUGGUUUCCGCUUUGUACACUUUAUUUCAUGCCUGGAGCAUUCUGUAUAUUUUCCUUCUUAAAAUGCGGGUGCCAAGCUUUAGUAAUCCUAUGCAGGAUAUAUAGAGAUUCUAUUUGAGCUAUGAGCUGUUAAUGAUUGUGUGUAAGCCUUAAUUAGUCAAUUCUUGUAAAUACUGUCUUUUUCAGUUUAGUUUGAAGAUGUAGAACCAAACAGAAAAUAGUUGACUUUAAAUAAGAGCAUUCUUAGUUCUUUUGACGCUUUUUCUGGUCUGUUGAAAAUGCCUGUUUACUUCAUCACCAGGGUCAUUGUAUUACGCUUCAAAUAAUGUUUGUGCUCCUGACUCAGCAGCUUACUGGAUGUUUCCGUCUAAAUAAAACCUUCUUGGUUGGAA